ACUCAACGCUUUACUGAGUAGAAUCACUAAUUAGCACAAAUCUACUAGCAGUGCACUAAUAGUAUAGUUUAGUAAGGUAGUAUGCGCUUUUGCACUCAUAAAGAUAAAAUCUGUCUGUUGAUACAGCUAUAAAGAUAGAAUGUUUUAAAGAAUUGCUUUUUUCACGAAUCAUAGAACAAGACAGAAUUGGUUACAGACGCUGUAAUAUACAGGUAGUUUACAGUUGAGAGCAAUAGUUUACGUCCCCCAUGUUUUCUGGAUGAAACAUGAAAAUACAGAUAUUUUAUAAUACAGUGUUUCUGUAAAAAAUUAUUCCAAUAAAUUGAAAAUGAAAUGCGUUUGUAUGUGGCAACGAGACAACAAUCUAAAACAUGCAACAGAAUCUAUCCAUCCAUUUUUUGUAUCGUUUAAGCUUGGCGCCUAUCCCAGGGGACACGGGCCAUGAGGCAGGGCACAAUAGCACACACAUUCACACACUACGGACAAUUUGGAAAUGACAAUCAUCCUACAAUGCACAUCUUUGGACUGGGGGAGGAAACCGGAGUACCCAGAGGCGGGAAUCGAGCCACCAACCUCAGCGGUGCGAGGCAACCGUUUAGCUGUUGCACCUGCUGCUUUCAGAUGCUUCGAGGUUUUCAAAGUGAUCCAUCAGCUUGUUGAUUCCGAGGAAGACAUUUUGAUGGUUGCCAAAUCUGUUAUUGAGGAGUUUGCUGCAGAUGGGGUGAAGUACUUGGAACUGCGCAGCACUCCACGGGAAGAAGCCAAAACAGGUCUGUCUAAAAGAAGAUAUAUCGAGACAGUUCUUGAAGCCAUCCAUCAAUGUAAGCAAGAAGGAGUGGACAUAGAUGUCAGGUUUCUUGUGGCUGUGGACCGCAGGAAUGGCCCUGAGGUUGCUAUGGAGACGGUGAAGCUAACCGAGGACUUCAUGUUGUCCAGUGAUGGUGUGGUGGUGGGACUGGACCUGAGCGGUGAUCCUACAGUAGGGCAUGGAAAAGACUUGCUUCCUGCUCUUCAGAGGGCCAGGAACUCUGGGCUCAAGCUGGCAUUGCACAUGUCUGAGGUUCCUUCUCAGAAGGAGGAGUCAGAGUUGCUGUUGGAUUUGCCUCCAGACAGAAUUGGCCAUGGAACAUUUCUACACCCGGAAGCAGGGGGUUCAGACAGCCUUGUGGAUAAAAUUAGUAAGCUAAACAUCCCUUUGGAACUGUGCCUGACCUCUAAUGUCAAAGGUCAGACAGUACCUUCAUACGACAAGCAUCACUUCCAGUACUGGUAUGAGCGCCAGCACCCGUGUGUGCUUUGUACGGAUGAUAAGGGCGUGUUUUGCACCGAUCUCUCUCAGGAGUACCAGCUGACUGCGUCCACGUUCGGCCUCAGUCAGGAGGCUGUGUGGUCUCUUUCCCUACAGGCAAUUCAUUGCAGUUUUGCCCCAGAGGCUUUAAAGCAGAAGCUGGUGCAGAGGUGGGCUGAGUUAAGACCUCACAUCCUUCACUGACGAGGAUGAUGCUCAGUAUCAGUAUUCUCUCUUAGCUUGACUGUAUGUUAGUUUUACAGGGGGUAUAUGUUCUGCCCAAGAUACUGAAAGUACUUGAAUUUAGCUGUUUCUACUAACUUGCUCAAACACACCACUAUACAUCACCCCCAAGUGAUCAACACAGACCUGACAUCCACGGUUUUCGUUUAUGUUUUAAAUUCAUAAUGAUCAGAAAAUAGCAGUUCGAUCCAGGCUGCCAUUUAUUGAUUCAGUGCUUAGACCCCAGAUUUGCUAAUCCGUCUUGUUUUCAUGCAUCUGUUUCAACCCUGGUUUUCUAAUGUUAUCCCCAGGAAAUGCUCAUUUUGUCUACUGUAACACUGAAUAAUCUGUGAUUUCAAUGUCGUGCUGUUUCUGUGUCACACACACGCACUUUUACUAUCUCUGUCAUCACAGCCAAUUACCUCCAGAAGUCAAACGGUGAAGUGAGUGUUAAUGAAGUCUCUCCUGUACAUGUCUCUAAAGUGUUUUUAUUUUAAAUUACAAACUGGCAGCCUAUGAGACUGUGUAAUUAAGGGAGAGCAUCUAUAUAUUUGAGCUACCUCACUCUGUUAGGAAUGAAACAAUGGUUGUACAUGUAGUUUGAACAAUUAACAAUUUAACUGCUUUUCAGUAAAUAAUGCUGCUCUUAAUAUAAAUGCA